AUGCACCGGAUUCACUCGUGGGCGAAAGCUCACGCGUCUUCUCGCGGCCUGACAGAUCAGUCCUCCCAACAGGCCGCCGAACCUACCGAAAAACCUCCUCCUGAAAAUGGACAAGUGAAUGUCCCCGUGGAGGACCCUACUACAGGGUCCGACACAGAACCAAACUCAAAGCCGGGUCUUCUGAUUCGUAUGCGAAAUGGAUCCGGCCGGUUUUACAACCACACCAAGGAUGCUCUGUGCCACAGUUGGGUAAAUGUGCUGCUGAUCUUCGUGCCGGUCGGCAUCGCCGUCGAGGCCGUGGGCCUCAACCCAGCCAUCAUCUUUGCAAUGAAUGCUGUGGCUAUCAUCCCUCUGGCAGGACUGCUCAGUCAUGCUACAGAGAGUGUCGCCAGCCGUCUUGGUGAUACAAUCGGAGCUCUGAUCAACGUGACCUUCGGAAACGCAGUAGAAUUGAUCAUCUUCAUUAUCGCCCUGGUCAAGAAUGAAAUUCGCAUCGUCCAAGCUUCCCUGCUUGGUUCUAUUCUGGCAAACUUGCUGUUGAUCAUGGGCAUGGCGUUCUUGUCUGGUGGUCUCCGCUUCCAGGAACAGAUCUACAACAGCACUGUGACCCAAAUGAGUGCUUGUCUUCUCAGUUUGAGUGUGAUGAGUCUUCUCUUGCCAACUGCUUUCCACGCAUCGUGGUCAGACAGCGGUGAUGCCGACCACGAGACCCUCAAGGUCAGCCGAGGCACUAGUGUUGUUCUGCUAUUGGUGUAUAUUCUGUACAUUGUCUUCCAGCUGAAGUCCCAUUCAUAUCUCUACGCUAGUAUUCCUCAGGCUAUCAUUGACGAGGAAUCCCACCCCGGUGUGCUUGCAGAGUUCAUGAAUAGCUCUUCGGAAUCUUCGUCUAGCUCCAGUGAUGAAUCAGAUGACACUACGACGUCAUGGACUACCGCCAAGCGUAUCAAGAGGGCCAUGAAAUAUCGCAGACAUCGUAAGUCGAGCACCAGCUCCAAGGGUACCACCUCUCGCGAGUCAUUCAAGAAAAAGGCAAUGGCAUCCACCUCCAAUGAAAACCAAAGCUCCAUUGGCAACUCGAUUGCCAGCAACGAACAUGCUCUUGACAUUGGCGACGAAGCCCACUAUGAUGCCGACAACGACGUGCAGGAAUCUGCCAUUCGCUCUCGUGACUUUGGUAUCGCUCUUGACCGCAUGGAUAGCGGAGGAAGCCAAAAGUCCAAGCGUGACCGCAAGAAGCGCAGGGCACUCAAGGAACAGCGCAAGGCCGAGAGGAAAGCCGAGCGGAAAGCGCAGAAAGAAGCCUCCCACAGUAAUUCCACGGAGCCCCAGCGGACCAUGAAGGACUUCUCGUCUGCUCCUACGUUUGCUGGCGUUGAAGGCGUUGGAGAGGAUCCUCAAAAGCGUCGUUCUCCCUUCGGUCCGAUCCCCUCUCUGCUUUCCAACACUGUUUUCAGCUCUCAGUCGCCGGCCAUGUCCCCUCGUACUGGGCCUGUCCGCCCUGGUCUGUCUCGCAGUAACUCGCUUCCUGCUCACAUCAACCGUCCUCCGCCGGCCGGCAACGCGGUUCAAUUUGCCCGUGGUGCCUCUCGUCUCACUGAUCCGGUUGAAGCUCCCGCGCCGGACGCAACAGCCAAGCCUCAGGAACCUGAAAUGUCCAGGACUGCAGCCGUCGUCAUGCUUCUGUUGUCUACCGGCUUGGUUGCUGUUUGUGCUGAGUUCUUGGUUGAUGCUAUUCCCGAGAUGAUUGCCAGCUCUAAUGUCAGCGAGGCCUUUAUUGGUCUCAUUAUUCUGCCGAUCGUGGGCAAUGCAGCUGAACACGUUACCGCUGUCAGUGUCGCAACCAAGAACAAGAUGGACUUGUCAAUCGGUGUUUCGGUUGGUAGCAGUAUUCAAAUUGCUAUCUUCGUCACUCCCCUGGUCGUUAUACUUGGAUGGUGUAUGGACAAAGACAUGUCUCUCUACUUCACCCUGUUUGAGACCAUCUGUCUGUUUGUCACUACCUUUGUGGUCAACUUCCUUGUUCUGGAUGGCCGAAGCAACUACCUCGAAGGUGUGUUGCUGGUGGCCGCUUAUAUCAUUAUUGCCCUGUCUGCUUUCUUCUACCCAGACAGUGAUGCCGCUAGUACAAUCGCCGGCUAG